GUUUUGAAAGGUCAAAGGUGUAUCAACUUCCGGUGUCACGGGGUACCUGGGAGACGGAAAGCGAAAAGCGGGCAUACCGAACAUAUCUCCUGUAUUUUCUCCUUUUAUUAGAAGAGUACUGGGAGAACUCAACAUACAUUACAACAUCUACAGUGCGACCGGCAUAACAUUGGAUGAGCAUUUGUACCAGCAUAUCUCAUUAUUUACGCGAUUCGCCAGCUAAGUAGCAUUAGCUAGCUACCACGACACCCCCAAGAACAGGCCGCAACCUGGACUUUGCUUUAUCUAGCUAGGUGGUUAGCUCGAGAACACGUUUUAUCCAUCUAUGUUAUUGCUAGUUCUUCGUACAAACUAGAACCACAUCUUUAUAAUUAGCUAGGAGUUAAUGUGUUUAUGUUUAAGUUUGCUUUAUUUAUGUAUUUCUAAACGGCUGCAUCUGCUGGUGUUUAGUUAACUAUCGUUAGCACGUUGCUAGCUAACGUUAAGUGUGCUGUCCACUUAUCGAGCUAGCGACCGCGCCGCCUCCCCGUCCAUUUGACUCAGUCAUUACUAGCUAGUUGGUUGGAGUUAAAAGAUUAGCAUCGGCGAUGUCGGAUUUCGACGAAUUCGAGAGACAGCUGUCUGAAAACAAACAAGCUCAGUUGGUAGAGCAUGGCGCUUGCAACGCCAGGAUAGUGCGUUCGAUUCCCGGGAAUACCCCGGAGAGGGACAAGGAGAACCGCCACCACCGUCGCUCCCCAUCUCGCAGCCGUAGCAGAGAGAGGAAGAGGAGGAGCAGAGACCGGGACCGACGCAGCAGAGACCGUCGCGGGGACAGCAAGGAGCGCAGACCACGACGCAGCUCACCAACCCAACAACAACCCCAAGAGAUUGCUGUAAGUCGCUCCCCACACCGCGAGAAGAAGAAGAACAAAGUGAAGAAGUACUGGGAUGUCCCUCCCCCUGGUUUUGAACACAUCACACCCAUGCAGUACAAAGCCAUGCAGGCUGCGGGUCAGAUCCCAGCCACGGCCCUGCUACCCACCAUGACCCCUGAUGGUUUGGCCGUGACCCCCACUCCUGUCCCUGUGGUGGGCAGCCAGAUGACCAGACAGGCUCGACGCCUCUACGUGGGAAACAUCCCGUUCGGCAUCACAGAGGAGUCCAUGAUGGACUUUUUCAAUGCUCAGAUGCGCCUGGGCGGCCUCACUCAGGCACCAGGAAAUCCCGUCCUCGCCGUACAGAUCAACCAGGACAAGAACUUCGCCUUCCUCGAGUUCCGCUCCGUGGAUGAGACGACUCAGGCCAUGGCGUUCGAUGGCAUCAUCUUCCAGGGACAGAGUUUGAAGAUCCGCCGUCCCCACGACUACCAGCCCCUGCCUGGCAUGAGCGAGAACCCCAGUGUCUACGUGCCCGGGGUGGUGUCCACGGUGGUGCCUGACUCCGCCCACAAGCUCUUCAUUGGGGGACUGCCCAACUACCUGAAUGAUGACCAGGUGAAGGAGCUAUUGACGUCAUUUGGGCCUCUGAAGGCCUUUAACUUGGUCAAGGAUAGUGCUACUGGUUUGUCUAAGGGUUAUGCGUUCUGCGAAUAUGUCGACGUCAACCUAAACGACCAGGUCACCAUGGAGAAUCAGGCCAUAGCCGGACUCAAUGGCAUGCAGCUGGGAGACAAAAAACUCCUGGUACAGAGAGCCAGCGUUGGAUCCAAGAACGCCACCUUGACAAGCAUAAACCAGACCCCGGUGACGCUGCAGGUCCCCGGCCUGAUGAACAGCUCCAUGACCCAGAUGGGUGGCCUGCCCACGGAGGUGCUGUGUCUGAUGAACAUGGUGGCCCCAGAGGAGCUGGUGGAUGAAGAGGAGUAUGAGGAGAUUGUAGAGGAUGUGAGGGAUGAAUGCAGCAAGUACGGCCAGGUCAAGAGCAUUGAGAUUCCCCGGCCUGUCGAUGGCCUGGAGGUCCCCGGCACUGGCAAGAUUUUCGUGGAGUUCAUGUCAGUGUUCGACUCCCAGAAGGCCAUGCAGGGCCUGACAGGCAGGAAGUUUGCCAACCGGGUUGUGGUGACCAAGUACUGCGACCCUGACGCCUACCACCGCCGAGACUUCUGGUAGAGGACGGCAGACGAGAGCGAGGGGGGUGGAUUGCCCUGUUCCAAAUGGACCCCUGUCCCCGGCCAACUGUGCACUUGUAACCUGAUAGGAUAGGCUGUGUGUGAGCAACAUCAUAUUUACUUAACCCAUCAAAGGAUCAGGUGGAGCAGGCAGGAGUGUCCCUGGGAAGGGGCGGGGCAAGGGGUCCAUUUGGAAUUGUGCAAAAGAGAUCGCCGAUACGAGGGAGGGGGGGUAAAAGAUUUUUGCGAUUUGUGUGUAGUAACAGGUCAGGGGAUGAAUUACUUUUAUACUUUAUGAGGAAGGAAGGGGUCGGUCUGGGGUGGGGGGGGGUGACUUGCCACACCUUAAGGUUUGUAUUUAAAUGCAGGGAGCCUGUUUUAAGUACUUUAUGAAGGUGAGCCAAGUGAGGGUGAUGGAGGGUUGUUCCACAUUUCAUAUGGCGAUGGAGGGAGAUUGAGGGGAAGAGGGAGGUGAUGACAAUUUAACCCACCAGUUUGGAUAACAACCGCUUGUUGGAGAAAAGGGGUAGAAAAAGAGGAUUUGAUUAAAGAGAAAAUUGAUGGAAAACAAAAUAGGGUUGAAAGUUAUUAACAGGACUAGCCUCGUUUUGUGAUUUUUCUUCUCGGAUUUUGGAUUGGAAUUUUUCCCGUUUCUUUCAUGAACAUCAGACUAAACCAACCCUUCGCUGUGUUUGAGGAGAGGGCGAGAAGCUGCAACCAUACAAAAAGCCCAACAAACCCUGUCAUUUGUUGGAUUCAUUUAUCUGAAUGGCAGCUGUUUUGAUUCCAGUACGUUAGUGUCCCAUGUUGUACCCAUUCACGAGGGCCAGAGUUUGAAGGGGAGAACCGUACAUUUGCAAUACUGUAUGUCUUUUUUUUUUUUAUUAUUAUCUUUUUUUUUUUUUGAAUCCUUGAAUUCAUCCAGCACUGUUUUUAACAGGCGAAAUCAUUCUGUCCCCACACCUUUGUCCAUAGAGCAAUAGAGAGGAGGGAAAAGGUAGUGAGUUAAAACCUUUGUCAUUGUGGUCAAUAUUGAAUUGGUAUUGAGUAGGGCUCAAUCUAAAUAAAAGCCUUAAUGUUAUUUUACAUGUCACACUAGAAUAGAAUAUAUGAUGUACUCCUUCAUAUGUUUAUACUUAUAGCAAGGUUGUCUUUACAUGUUAUAAUUUCAUGGUUUUGGUAUUUUCAGGUAACAGUGGUUUGAGUUUGUCAUUAUUCCAGUAACUGUUGUAUUGCUUUGUCUGGAAUGAAUGAGUUCCUCUAGUUUCUUUUCUGCAGGAUAUUGAACAGCUCAUUCAGAAGUCUCUUUGGCCGUGUAGUGUUUGUGUAAUGUCUCGCCUCUUUCAGCAGACCAAAUAAACGCGUAACAAUUAAUACCAAUGGCUCCUGUUCUACUAAGUAACACGCAAAUUACAUGCAGAAUAUACUGCAACCAAAUUAUCAGGUAGGUAGAAACAAAAUCAGGUACUCUUCUGUGAUUGUACACCGUGUCUAUAGAGAUAGGUAAUGGGUUUGUUGUCAGAAAGGGGGAGAUGGAUUUAUGAUACUUAACGUUUUUUAACAUAAGAGAAGUAUAGACUUUUCUACCUGUUGUUAAGGAUUCCAUUGGAUUGUUCCAAUAAAUUGGCAUGUGCAGCGGAACCCUGUCCCUAGUUCUUUAAGGUUGUCUCCUGAGGUGUGUGUAUAUAUAUACAGGCUUCCUUCCUCUCAUCUCCUUCCACAUCUGUCAUUAGCUCCAAGGACCAUCACUUGCAUUAUGGUUGUGAGGGAGUUUCCCAUUGAUGCUUUCUGUUAGACUGAGAGAGAGUUAGGCUGUACCAGUGACGAUACUCUGAAAUGUAACUUUUCUGACAUUUGCUUUUUAAAUGUUACCAUGUCAUUUAAUUUCUUUCUUUUCUGGAAAAUGUGAUUUCUUAAGUGAAUUAAUGGAAUUAAAAAGUGCUAAAACCACAUCUAGUUUAUAACAGAA